CUGUCAACACGUCAAAGUUGUAUUCAUGAAAGCAGUAACUCCUUGCAUUUAUGGAAGUAUAGACUGGAAAAAUAUUACAAUGUUGUUCAUGGAAGUUAUGACUAACAGAACGUCAUAAACGUAUUCACGAAUUGUAAUCGGUCUACAAAAGUGAUUUGUAAAAACAUCAUUGAUGAUCAAAGGCCGUUCCUGGCCAUUAACAAGCAAUGCUGAUGUGGCGUUACCGACGCUAAAAUCUGCCAUCCACGAACAUUCACGCGCAGUACUGGUAACACAGUGCGCAUGUCAUCAUUCAUCAGGAAUACUGUCAAUAAGUGAUCGUGCGGUUAGACUUUGACAAGUUUUUAUUUAUGUAGCAUGUUAAAUGCACACUUAGUUUUGAGAACGUGUUCCUGAAAAAGUAGUCAGUCAACGAUACUUUACUGGAGUAGAGGUUUUCAUUAUUAACAAACAGGAAAGUGUUGAGGAAUCCAUCCUAUGUCGUUAGAAAAAAUAAGGAUUAAUACUUCAAUAUUCUAGGGGAAUAUUUCACACCAGGUGUAAAUCUGUGAGACAUCCAGGUGUAAAUCUGUGAGACAUCCAGGUGUAAAUCUGUGAGACAACCAGGUGUAAAUCUGUGACACAACCAGGUGUAAAUCUGUGAGACAACCAGGUGUAAAUCUGUGAGACAACCAGGUCUAAAUCUGUGAGACAACCAGGUGUAAAUAUGUGAGACAACCAGGUCUAAAUCUGUGAAACAACCAGGUGUAAAUCUGUGAAACAACCAGGUCUAAAUCUGUGACACAAGCCUGUGGUAAAACCUCCAACGUGUUCAUCAAAGUCGAUGCUGAUUCCUAUAGUGUCUGUUCCACUACUGAAACAGUACGUUGAUCGGAACACUAAUGUAACGCGGUAUAGUAUAUACAUCUACAUACUUUUCUUCUCACUCUGAUAGUGUGUACAUUGUCAUUUUCUGAGGAAAUAUCAGGAAAUGCAGGAGACAACGCAUGAUGUCACUGACCAGUCUGUUAUAACCUCUGGUCACGUGCUUUAUAACGUGACAACCGAGGGCGGCAAUGACACUGACCAACAGGACGGAGAGAGCCACUAUUACUUCCAGAGGGAGCGGAUUAUUUUUGACAGCUGUAUUUUCACAGCUAUCGUUGUUGGAAACUUGAUCGUGCUUCUCGCAGUAUGGAUGUCCAGGAAAAAACGAAGGUCACGCAUGUCAUUCUUUAUCCAACAACUAGCUAUCGCUGACCUCCUUGUUGGCUUGUUCAGUGUGCUUCCUGAUAUUUUCCUAAUGGUGGAUGGGAAAUGGGAAGGUGGGGAACCAGUAUGUAAGAUUGUCAAAUAUUUACAGGGCGUGGUGACCUAUGGAUCCACCUAUAUGUUAGUAGCCCUUAGCGUGGACAGGUGGGACGCCGUCGCCCGUCCAAUAGAUGGCAUCACUAAUGCAAAUUUCCGGUGUAAGGUCCUUACAAUAUCGGCGUGGGCUGUGGCUGCUCUGUUCUCAUUGCCAAUGUUCCUGUUUGAGGAUGUGGACGGCUUCUGUGAAAUUAAUUAUUUCACGAAUUGGCAAUGGCAGCUGUACAUCGUCCUGAUUGCAGUAGCAGUGUUCUUCAUUCCAACCCUCAUCAUCAUCUACUGUUAUGGCGCCAUCAUCCACAUUCUACUGCAAAAGACGUUCGAAAGUACAGCAGUUAACACAAAAGACAACAGAAAAGAUCUUUCUCCGAAAAAUGGUUUUGAUACACAUAAGUCCCCACGACUAUUCCCGAAAAGUAAACAGAGGAACCUUUCUCGAAGUUCAAGAGGAAUCAUACCACAGGCUAAGAUCCGAACUAUUAAGAUGACUACAGGCAUUGUAAUAGUGUUUAUCCUGUGUUGGAGUCCCUAUUUCAUUGUGAAUCUGGUAGCCGUGUUUGGACAUAUGGACUUCACUAGUCGGCUGGUUAUAGGGAUAAACGGCUUUAUCCAGAGUCUGGCCCCCCUCAACAGUGCACUCAAUCCUAUCAUCUAUGGCAUCUUCAGCUCAAGGACCUGUCACCACCUCAUAUCCUUUAGUUACAGAGGACAAUUGCGGAAGACGUGUCCAUGUUGUAAAUGGUGUCUAAAGGAGCGACAUGUCCUGAUCCCUCGAUGGAGCCAUUCCGAUGUGUCCUACAGCACUUGUCGACAGACUAUCACCCCAGACAAGAGUAUCGACACCAUCAAACCAUCCGACAGUACAGAACUGUGUGACUUGGUCGUUACCACGGACAUGCUUGUUGGGCCUAGUAGGUGUUAAGUAUCAGAUCAACAGUCCUUGGUAAACUCGUGGUCAGUGGUCACUGGAAACAGAACUGGUAACAUCAUGGUCAGUGGUCACUGGAAACAGAACUGAUAACAUCAUGGUCAGUGGUCACUGGAAACAGAACUGGUAACAUCAUGAUCAGUGGUCAGUGGACUGUGGGACUGGUAACCUCAUGGUCAGUGGUCAUUGGACUGUGGGACUAGUAACCUCGUGGUCAGUGGUCACUGGACUGUGGGACUGGUAACCUCGUGGUCAGUGGUCAGUGGUCAGUGGACUGUGGGACUGGUAACCUCAUUGUCAGUAGUCACUGGACAGACUAGUAACCUCGUGGUCAGUGGUCACUGGACUGUGGGACUGGUAAC